CGGCCGUGUGUUCAGUCGCUGUCGGUUUCUUGUAGGGUGUGUGUGAUUCCGUCUUCUCUUGAGUGUCAACGAACUACGAGUGUGGUGCGUUUUUGGUGCAAUAAUGGGGGCGCAAAAGUGCUUUUCCGUGGGACUUGUUCUAGCUUUCUCGGCUUUUUGCGUUCACUCGCAGUCCAUCGACGAGAAAAUCAAGCUAGAUACGGAUUUGUCUCAGUUUUACAACCAAUUGGAGCGCAGUAAGCUGGCCAAUGUGACCCUCCAAUACAAGCAAGCGACAAUCUUUGCCCCCAUAAACGAGGCCUUCCAAAGAAUGGAAGCUACGGAGGCAAACCCGGACGACCUAGUUCUCUACCACAUGACUUCAAUCCCGCGUAAGACCACCCAACUGGGCACCUCCUACACGUCCAUGAACUCCGAGCUGGAGGGAAAUCCCCCACUUUGGAUCACACACACAACGGGGAAUUACCACAACGAUAUCUACGUGAACAAUGCCCGACUCCUUGUCAGCCAUUCGGAUAUCAUGACGACGCAGAAGAAUGGCAACAUUCAGGUUGUACAUAAAAUUGACGAGGUCUUGGUUCCCACGAGAUCAGCCAAGAACGCACAACAUCGGGUUUACAACCCUACAGCGUACGAAUUUCUAGAGUACUACGAGUCCCUCAUCUUUCAUCCCCAUCGAUUGAGGUAUUUCCGGCAAAAAGUACAACAGCACAGCAAACAGGAUAUUUUUAAAACGGAGGGAGGGCACACGUUUUUCAUCCCCGUCGACGAGGGAUUUAAGAACAAGCGCGCCGAACUAAUCGACGGCAAAAUCAUCGACGGCCACGUCAUCCCCAAGCACGUCCUGUUCACCAGGCCUACAAAAAAAGACGUUCCCUUCCAAACCCUCGCCAACGGAGACAACAACGUUCGAGUUGUUAUUUCGUUCACGCAAGAAACGCGAGGCCCCAAUAACCAAGUCAUAAAUUACGUGAAGAGUCAUACUUUGUUGAGCGACGGCAAGCACUCCCAGGGGGUUGUUUUGUCUGAAAUAGUCAAAGCCAACAUCCCCGUCAAAAACGGGGUGGUUCACCUCAUCCAGAAGCCCUUGAUGGUGGUGGAUAACAACGUGCGGGAGCUUUUGGAGGAACAAGUGGAUUUUAUUUGCAACGUUGGCAAUAAAAUGGAAGAAGUAGACGCCGACUAUCUUCUAGAGAAAGACGGGGGCAUUCUUAGCAGCUUCGUGAAAGCCAUCAACGACGCCGAUUACCGGGAGUUUUACAACACGCUGGAGCGGUCUCAGGAUAUCACCCUGUUCGCGCCUUGCAACAACGCCUGGACGGACGACUUCACCCUCAACAGCAUCAUCAGCAACAAGAACCGAUUUAAGGACAUCCUGAUGAUGCACCUGGUGCCCGAUAAUCGGCUGUAUGUCGACAGGAUCCUCAGUAUUAGCCACGGCAGAGACAAGAGGGUGCACACUCGCGACCCCCGCAACGACCUCUACUUCAAUGUAGUAACAUCCGGCACCAACCGCACCGUCACCGUCGAAGGAGGCGGCGUUAACGCCACUGUAAUUCAACCAGACCUCGCAGCCACAAAUGGUAUCAUUCACGUAAUCGAUAGAGUGUUGGGAGUUCCUUAUACCACAGUCUACGACAAGUUACGAACGGAUUAUUCACUCAACUAUACGUUCCGUCUGGGUAAUCAAGGCGGCUUCAACAACCAACUCAGCGAUACCACCAAAAAGUUUACUUACUUCGUUCCCCGAAACCAGGCCUGGGACGAAGCCAGCGUGGACCACCCCUCAGCAAUCAAAAAACUCUUCAUGCCGGAAUUUCACUACCACGCCACUAACAUCCUCGAGCGCCACCUGGUGAUCUCCGACGAGCCCUACACCAUGGAACGCAUCAAACAACUAACACUGAAAUCCAACCAAAACAUGAACAACUACGAGCGAAGAACCGAAAUCCAACUCCCGACCAUACGCGGCGAACUUAAUCUAUACGUGGAGGAGUUGCAAGAUCACAACGAUCCAUUGGUCAAUAAAACUUUCAUAAUCCACUGGAAAGGCGAAAGAAUCCCCGUAUUCAAACCAAAUGUAGCAUGCACCAACGGAGUCAUCCACGUCAUCGACGCCCCCUUCCUGCAAGACGGCGACAUCCGAGUCAGCGGCGCCCCAUCUCUGCAUUUUGCGCCCCAUUUAAUAAUGAUUUUGGCCGCCAAAUGGUUAUUACUUUAAUGGCGUCCGCUUUUUUAGUCAUAGACUCGUGAGAACUUAAUACAAUGUAACGGUCGGUCUGUGAAGAUUUUCCAAAAAGUUUGUUUGAUUAUUUGGACCCAGUUUGCGUUCUUUCCAUUCUUUCAGGCGGGAUUCUUCACAGACGCCCUGAUAUAUCAAUAAACCACGUUUUUUGAAUAAUCCAUAAUCAAUUACUUGCACCAAUGCGACAUAAUUUCUAUCAUACCUUUUAGAUUGUAUUAUUUACGAUUUGUAAAUAAGUCAAUUUUUUAAUUUUGCAUUUGUAUAUAGGUAGGACCCAAAGUUAGACUACUUUAACUCGGAAAUUCUAAACCAAUUGGCCGCGAUCCCGAUGAAGCAUUUCAGAUUAUUUCCCCCAAAAAACUCUAAUCAAUGUUGACGAAAUCAAAAUAUUUAUUAAACAAACUAUGCCUUCUAAUCUGUUGAAUAAUUUUCUAAAAAUUGUUGACUGAAUUGAAUUUUCUCUAUAUCACGUUUCUAAAUGUAAAAAUGAAAUCAUUUCGUAGUGCCCUUAAACUUAUACAUUCCACUCCAACAAACUGUUGCUUCACUUUGGUUGAACCCAGCUGUAGGGGGCGCUCAAGUCGGCAGUCGGUACCUGUAAUCCAGCAGCGCAUAUCCUGUGUUUGCGCCCCCUUCCGGGCGUAUGAUUGGACGAAUUGCUUAUUUAAAAUGUUGUAAAUACGUGUGGAUGUGUAUAAAUGUUCAUAUUUUUGACAGUAAAUGUUUAUAAAUGUUAGAUAAGGAAAAGUUAUAGGUAGGUUUUGCUUUCCGUAGUCUAUUAUAGGUCUUUGGGCACUGAAAUGCUUCACAUUUAAUGAAAAUCUGACCUCGAGGGUCGAAGCACAAGUUUUUAAAACCCUCGGUGUGAGAUUUUGUUAGCGAACGAAACCAAAGAAAUAGCCCAUUCUGACUGAAAUGUUUUUAAAAACUAAUUAAUCAAUGUCAAAUAUAAGUGUAUAAGAACUGACCGUACCAUAUAAUAGAUGUUUAAAGCUUAACUAUGUUAGGGAACUUUCGAACGUUUAGACUAUAAAUGUGUGUGUAAGAAAAUAAUUGCACUGCCAAUGUGAACCUAAAUUUUACGUAGUCGAGCUGUUUUCUUUCACUUGACCCUCUUCGUUUCAACUUGUUUUAGCUAGGAUUGUAUAUAAUAUUUUCUUUCCAAUAAAGCGUUCAGUGCUCUUA